UAUGUUCAAGCAGAUGCUCCUACCAAUAAAACACUGGCUGGGCUGGUGGUGCAGCUGCUGCAAUUCCAGGAAGAUGCCUUUGGAAAACACGUCACCAAUCCUGCCUUCACAAAGCUCCCUGCAAAGUGCUUCAUGGAUUUCAAAGCUGGAGGUACAUUAUGUCACAUUCUUGGUGCUGCUUACAAAUAUAAGAAUGAACAGGGCUGGCGGCGGUUUGACCUGCAGAACCCCUCCCGCAUGGACCGCAACGUGGAGAUGUUCAUGAACAUCGAGAAGACACUAGUGCAGAACAACUGUCUGAGCAGACCAACCAUCUACCUCAUUCCAGAUAUAGAACUGAAGCUGGCUAAUAAGUUGAAGGAUAUUGUCAAACGUCACCAGGGAACAGUCACUGAAGAGAAAUCAAAGGCUACCCACCACGUUUAUCCAAGUCCUACCUCAACGGAUGAUGAUGAAUGGCUGAGACCUGUGAUGAAAAAAGACAAGCAGGUGCUGGUACACUGGGGCUUUUUUCCAGACAGCUAUGACACUUGGGUUCAUGCCAAUGAAAUAGAUGCUGAAAUUGAGGAUCCUCCAAUUCCUGAAAAGCCAUGGAAGGUUCAUGCCAAGUGGAUUUUGGACACAGAUAUAUUCAAUGAGUGGAUGAAUGAAGAGGAUUACGAGGUAGAUGAGAACAGGAAAUCAGUGAGUUUUCGGCAGAGGAUCUCCAUGAAGAAUGAAGAGCCUGUGCGCAGCCCGGAGCGGAGGGACAGGAAGGCAGCAGCAAGCACCAGGAAGAGAAAACAUUCUCCUUCCCCACCCCCCACUCCUGUGGAGUCAAGAAAAAAGACAGGGAAGAAAGGACAAGCAGCCUUAUAUGGGAAAAGGAGAGGGCAGAAAGAAGAGGAUGAGCAAGAAGAUCUUACAAAGGACAUGGAGGAUCCCACCCCAGUACCUAAUAUAGAAGAAGUGGUACUUCCCAAAAAUGUGAACCCAAAGAAGGACAGUGAGAACACGCCUGUGAAAGGAGGAACAGUGGCAGACCUUGAUGAACAGGAUGAGGAGACAGUGGCAACUGGAGGAAAGGAGGAUGAAGAUCCCAACAAAGGUGAUCAGAGUCGCUCCAUCGAUCCAGGGGAAGAUAAUGUCACAGAACAAACCAACCACAUCAUUAUCCCAAGCUAUGCAUCGUGGUUUGACUACAACUGUAUUCAUGUGAUUGAACGUCGUGCUCUUCCUGAAUUCUUCAAUGGAAAAAACAAAUCCAAGACUCCAGAAAUAUACCUGGCGUACCGCAACUUCAUGAUCGACACCUACCGCCUGAACCCUCAGGAGUACUUGACCAGCACUGCCUGCAGGAGGAAUCUCACUGGGGACGUGUGUGCUGUCAUGAGAGUUCAUGCUUUCCUGGAGCAGUGGGGUCUCAUCAACUACCAGGUGGAUCCAGAAAGCCGUCCCAUGGCCAUGGGUCCUCCUCCUACUCCUCACUUCAACGUGCUGGCUGACACCCCCUCAGGGCUGAUGCCUCUCCACAUCCGCACUCCCCAGGUUCCUGCUGCUCAGCAGAUGCUGAGCUUUCCUGAGAAAAACAAAGAGAAGCCCACUGAUCUGCAGAACUUCGGCCUUCGCACGGACAUUUACUCCAAGAAGACUUUAGCCAAGAGUAAAGGUGCAAGUGCUGGAAGAGAAUGGACAGAACAAGAGACACUGCUGCUAUUAGAA